GCGCCUGCGCAGUAGAUUCCGGGCUCGAAGUUAAAGCUCCGCUAGCGGGUUGCUAGGCUAAGCUAAGCUAAUAAACAGUAUUUUCUGUGCGGUGCUCUCACUGUAAUUUAGUUAACGGCAGCAGCAGGUUAAAUAUCCCGUAACUCUGCGCUCUGAGCCGCUGGGUGUGGAGGUUUCGCCGCUCAGUGAACUUUUGUGGCGGAAUGUUGUGAAGCUCGGCGGCUUGUUAGCUCGUUAGCGCGUCAGGGAAUUAAACAGACAGACAGCGAGCAGCGCUCAGUAAUUCCAGCUUCUGCUGUGAUUCUGAAUAAACUCCAUGAAUAAACUCUGAUAACACUCAGUAUUCAGGCAGUUUCUGAACCUCAGGAAUGGAGACACUGUACUGCAGGCCUGGUGGACCUGGAUGGAGACAAUGGGCUCCGGGUGAGUAGCGGACAGCGGCAGCAGCGCCCUGCCGGGUCAGGAACCUCUUUUCCCGGGAGCAGACAGCACACAGAGAGGCUGCACUGGAAUUAUGGCUUUACCUGACUUCAGAUGACGUUGUGAAUCUACAGCGAUGACUGGGGACUGCCCUCAUCAGUUCAUCAAUUCCUAGUGCCGCAACCUGACUUAAAUGAGAAUGUCACUCCACAAGCACUGAACUACGCUGCACGGCGUGGUGACGACAUGGCAGGCGUCAGUGACGACUAUAAGCGUUUGUUUUUCCAUAACCAUCUCCAAGACGAGCUGCCCACUGCCUUCUGCAGGAGCACAUCUCAGCCUGGCUCAAAGUACAGAGGAACUGAAUGCAGGCAGGUUUCUGAAGAGCUGUGCAAUGGCUCUUCCUCAGAGAACACGACUUCACACUGUAUCAAAAGCGACUUGGACACGACGGAGAUCUCCGACGACAGCCGAUCCUCAUCUGAUGCUUGUUCCUCCAGCGCUGCCGACGAAGAAGAUGAUGAGAAUGAGGACGACAUCACUCCAGAGGUGCAGCAGGCCUAUAGAAUCUUCCACAGUUUCCUGACAGAGAAACACAAAGCUCUGACCGCACCAUUCUGGCACCCUAUCAACGCUGGCGAGAAAGGAGGGAAUGAGAUGAGCUUCAAAAUGAUGGACAACAAGUUUGUGAACCGGGAAUAUGAGAGCAUUACCGAGUUCGUAGCAGAUUUUCGCCUCAUGCUGGAGAACUGCUAUAGGUUCCACAGUGUUGACCACUGGAUCUCCAAACAGGCACAAAAGCUGGAGAUCAUUCUGGAGCAGAAGCUGAUUCUUCUGUCACGACCCCUCAGAGAAAAAACAACCUUGGCUGUGACCUCUAGGGGGCGCUUUGGCACAGAAGACGAGAAAGGCCCAACUGGCACCUCUACCAGGCGGCGGUCAGUGCCGAGGAACCUGGCAGCCAUUACAGUGGGUGGCUGCGAGUCCAUCAUGGUUCAGGCCCUCAGACUGGAGGAACAGCAGAGAGCCAAAGAGGAGAAAAGGCAACGAGAGCUUGAGAAGAAGGAGGCUGAGGAAGCAUCAGCAAAAGAAGUAGAGGAGUGGGAGAGUAGCCUGCUUUCUCUUGCAGAGCCGUGGCCCAUCAGCACUAUGUGGGAACUUCCUGCCAUCGGCCAUUUCCUGUGCCUGGCCCAGACAGCUCUAAACCUGCCUGAAAUUGUUUUCUUUGAGCUGGAGCGCUGUCUGCUCAUGCCCCGCUGCAGCUCUUUCUUGGCCAAGGUCAUGAGCUCCCUGCUGUGCCAGCCCAAUCGCAGAGCAACGCUUCACAGGCGCCCUGCCCUACCCUACCGCCGCUGGGAGGCAGAGCUACGGCAGAAGGUUCUGGGCUGGUACCAGGAGGUGGGCCGGGCGGAGGACCAGGUGGCACAUGCAGAACAGCUGGGCCUUUGCCAUCAAUUUUUUUGGACGUUGGGUGUGAUGAGUCCGUUGGAGAAAAUGGCCUUUCAUCUGCUUCCCUUCAAUCAGCGUGUCUGGUUGCUCAAAGGACUUUGCGAUAAUGUGUACGAGACACAAAAGGACGUACAGGACGCUGUCCUUGGGCAGCCAAUACACGAGUGCAGAGAGUCCAUCCUGGGCUACGAUAGCGAGGAAAAUGCCUACAUACACUUCCCGCAUUUCUGUGGUGCGGAUUUGCGAAUUUACUGCCAGAGCCCAUGUACGCCACUGAACUUCCCCUUGCCCCCAUUCCACGUGAAGAAACUACAGCGUGAAGUGGGAGUAGAGGGGUCCAAUAAUGUCUCUGCUGUCAUACAGGGAAGAUAUCUUAAGGUCAAAGAGGAGAACAGCGACUCCAGCAUCAGGGAACUUGAUCCGUGGAUGUGCGACAGUGAUUCACUUCAAGACACAGAUGACAGUUCGGAAGAAAGUGAGUCAGAUCAAAAAAGUCCUAAAAAAUUUCUGUUCCUGCAUAAAGAAGAGUUGCACAGUCCUGUAGGCAUAAAGGGAGGCCCCUUGAAGGUAGAGCCAAGAGUUAAGUUAAAAGAACUAGACGACAUUUCUGACAGUGAACCUUGCCUUAAGGUAGGGGAAAUCUGCUACAAAGGGAAAUCUCCUGCAAUCUCUCCGAGCACAGACACUUUAAAAUCUUCCUCGCAGUUCUUCGUGGACACUGCACAAAAUGACAUGCCCUUUCAGGGCAGAGGUCCUUGUCCAAAAUGCCCUAUGAGCUCAGAUGCCAAACAAGAGAGUUGUUCAUGCAUUUGCUUCAAGGCUGAGGCUGACAGAACCAGAUCCAUGUAUCUUCAGCAAGCCGUCCACUCUGGGGAUGAAGUAGGAAGAACGCACACCAAAAGAAAGACAAGAAAGAAAAAGAAAGAGAAAUCAAUUGAGGUCAAGGCAGGGACAGGCAAGCUGGGCCUGGAAAAAGUUCGUCUUGCCAGAGUGGCCAAAUGCACAUUGCCCGAAACUGCCGCCAUCAGCAUCACCACCACCAAUAUGAAGAAGAAGGAUAAAAGGAAGCAGCAAAAUAUAGUAGGUGGAAAGCUUGAUUCCAGGACAGCUGGACAAAAAAUCAAGGAGCCUCCACAACUCCCAGUGGAGCCAAAAUUUAAGUUGGUCUGCACCAGUUUAGAUGAACUGAGAAAUCUCAUCAGUAAAACAGAAGAUGAGCUGGAUGAGUUGGAGAGCACCAAAAAGAGAUGUGCAGGGUGGUACGUAAAAAGAGAAUCAGUGAAGGAGCUUCACAUUACGCUCAUAAGACUGUUGAAUGAGUUGUUACCAUGGGAACAGAAACUGCUCAAGGCCUUUCAAAGAAACAGAGCCAGAUUGAAAAAGGAGAAUGACGACUUUAAAAAGCAUCCCGAAUAUGAAAACUUUACAAGAGAGGAAAGCACUGGACCUGAAGGAAACCGGGGGGCAUGUAAAAAAGUCUCUUCUUCAGAGAUUAGCAGAGAAUUGACCGAGGAUGACAUCAAAAGUGAAAGAGCUUUAAGAAGAGAAUCUGAAGCAACAGAGUGUGAAAAUCAUCCCAGAAUCGACUCAUCAGGACACCUGAUCAAUGAACCAGAAGUUCUUACAGCACUGACAGAGUUUAGACCUUUGACUCGAAGCUCGAAGCGUCGCCAGAGUAGUGGCUUAGAUGAUGACUUAAGUCCAAGCAAAAGAGGGAAGCUGGUUGGUGAUGAUUCUGUGUUUCCUGAACCUCAGUCUGAGGUCACAUCCAGGGACCAGACUACAACAAGAGCAAACCUUCAAGUCACAGAAAGAGAUAAAGAAAUAACUGUACCUCUGGGUACUUUCCAGAGGAACUGCAAGCCAAUUCAGGCAUUACUGGCCAAGAGUGUUGGAAAUAAAGUAACGUUAAUGAAUCAUCCACAAGCUACUUCAAUGGCUCAUGCCCGGCCGCUGCCAAAUAGGACAGCAGCUGUAGCCCCUACAGAACCUACCACCACCGGUCAGCUGGCACCACAGCCAGCCCUGGUCACCACAAGAACACAAACACCUGUUACAUCAUCUGCAACAAGCAACUCCGUGAAGGUUGUUUAUAACACAUCAGAAGGUUUGAGUGUAGUUCAGAAAGAUGGCACCCCAUUUAAGUUUUCAGUGCAGCCCGUUAUGGACCAGAAAACAGGAGAAAAGAUAAUGCAACAGGUUAUAAUUCUUCCCUCAAACUUGCUCAUUCAAAGGACUGAAGAAACAAAAACUCAGUUGCCAUCCAACAUCCAACAAACGGUUCCCACUUCCAAGGCUGCUGUGGUUUUGUCCAAUUCACCUGUGUCCACUGUGCCAGAAAACAAGAUCCCUGUCCAGCAGGUGGCUCCUUUAAAAGAUACCAGCCUUGCAAACAAACCUUCACCUGCUGUUUCACCUAGCUUGCAAAAGUUACAAAUAACAUCUUGCAGAACUUCGCCUGCCCCUAAAAAGACUACUGAACCACCCUCACUGCCAAAUCUGUCCCCUACACUUUCUUCACCUUCUACUAAUUCCAACAAAUGUGAUGCUAAGCAAGAGUUAAAGACAGUAUGCAUCAGAGACUCUCAGUCCAUUCUUGUUACAACAAGAGGUGGCAACACUGGAGUGGUGAAGGUGCAGACUUCAGAACAGAGUGGAGCAAGUUCCUUACCAACCAGCCCUGUUUUCACUAUGCUCCCCCAGUUUCAACCCUUUUAUGUCUCUAAGUCUUCCGCAAUAGGAGCCUCUACAGCUCAGGCACCUCAUACGACUACCGCUGCUACGUUAUUGCCUAUCAACUCUUCUCUAAACAACCAGGGUAAUUCCUCAAAAUCUCUGCCCCAGUCACCAAUAAAAUAUGUCAACCAAUCUCCUCUACUGGAUAGAACAAGUUCUGCAGUAACUUUGAGCAAAGACUCUGCUGUUUCUCUAGCAUCUCUCUCUGGCAGUCUAACAAAAACUGGCCAGACAUUAAACAGUGUUAAUUCAUUAUUUCCAGCAUCUUCACAAAGCAAUUCUGGUGUUCUUUCAACUGCCAGGGCUGUCCAAGGUGUCCCUCAGACCACUGCCUCAAAAGGUCUAGUCCAGUCUCCUCUAAAGAGGUUUCAAGCAAGCAGCAUUGUGCCAGAGCAAUCCACCUUCCAGAAAGUUUUCCUUGUCGCACCCAAGACCGAAAUCUCUGCGGCAACGACCAGUAUGCCCACUGGUGCUCCUGUACCAUCUGCUGUUCCUGGUUCAAGGGUCUUGUUUAUGAGUCAGUCUGUCUCUGGAUGUUCUACAGUUACUAUUCCUAAAGGAUCUGUAAUGUCUGGGUCCAGCAGUACAGCCACAACUGCUUCCAUAGCAGUUGAUGCAAUGAAACCUGGCCCCAACCUUGCCCAGACAACUGGCAGCACACCCACUGGAACACUGACUAAAGUUCAGGGUAUCAAUAUUUCAGGGUUAACAGCUAGGAUAGUGGACAAAGGAACAGACACAAAUAAGAAUUUGGCCCAACAGAAUGACACUACCACAACUGUCAUACCUGUGACCAUGUCGAGUGUACUUGCAACAUCCUCCAGUGGGCUUGUUUUUGUGCAAAAGAACAGCUCUGCAGCUAAUAGUUGUGCUCCACUCAAUGUCAAAGCUCCUGUUAAACUAACUGGAUCUGCUGAUGGGAAAACAGUCACGUUUUCAACUUAUGGCAAUGGUCAUAUGGCCUCUUCUGCGCUUCUUACAGCAGUAGAUCAAAAGCUGCAGUUGCCAUCCACAGCCUCAAUAUCAAGCAUCCUUCAAAAUAACAAAAUUACAACAGAAUCUGUGGUUACCAGCUCAAAUACAAACCUAGCAAGUCCUUCUUUGGGAAGCAUAUUUAACAAAGAUACUACUUUACCAAGAGGACUAAUGGCAGACAAAACAUGGGCUAGUCCAACUGUGGCUAUGGUUCCCUCACCUAUUAAACCUUCGAUCAUUACUACUGUGGCAAGAGUCCCUAAUCCUUUAACACUGAGCACAACAGCAACACCCAUACCAGGCACCCCUCCUUCAGCACCUCAACAAGGUUUGACUCCUGUGGUUAGAAGUCCCGUCCCAGGCUCCUCUUCAGUGCAGGAAAAAGUUGUGAUCAAUACUAAUGCCCCACUUGCUCCUGGAACCCAGCUGUUCAUCAACAACAUGAGAUUUGUGGUACCUGCUCAAGGCCUUGGACCUGGCAGUCAUGUUCUUUUCUUCUCAAGCCCUGCAGUCUGCCCUGCACUUCCAGUUGGGACUAGUCCUGUGCCUCCAGUCCUGAGGGAGGCAGGUGCUUUAAAUCAUCUUCCCUUAACUCAUGUUGUUCAAGGUCCUAGAAUGGUAGCACCAGGGAUGCAGUCAAAUUGUAUGCCUGUUAACCUACCAGCAAAAGUUGGAACAUCUGUGCCAAUUCAGCAACAUUCAACUGCAGUCCGAGUCCCACUGGUCUCUACUAAUUCUACCGUUCUUGCACAAGUAACUUCGGUAGGAGCAGCCAUAUCAUCUGGGCAACAAAGCCUGACAAACGUAGUAAGACUUCCUUCCUUUUUAAGCUCUGGAGGAAAAGAACAAUGUGUUACACUUUCACAUAAUAUUCCCACCAGCCCAAAAGAAAUCGUUGCUGUUUCCUCACAGUUGCCGAAAAGUCUGCAGAGCAUGGCCACACCUGCUCUUUUGCAGACAGGACUUCUAAGUACACCACAUCAACCCCAGCUCACUCCAGUUGCAUCACCGGCGAAAGGCGUAAUUUCUCGGGCAUCCCCGAUGAUUGCUAUGCCACCUAUGAGUAGCACUGUAUCGAGGAUGCAGACCUUACCUGUGGCAACUGUUCCGCCAAUCGGAAGUACUAUCAGCUGUAGUCAAGCCACACCCACUGCAACUGUUCCUCCAUCCGUUAAUACUCUUAUUAUGGCACGUUGUCAGCCUGUAAGGGGUGUACAACCUGGAAGUAUUAGAAUGCCAGUUGUCAUACCUAACCCAUCUCAGGUUCAAGGCAAGGCCCCAGUGCAGCUCCCAGGUGUGCAUCCCAUCCAUCCCCCGAGUAAACUGUUGUUGAGUCCUGAUGGUGCAAUUUUGAAUGUAGUUGGAUGUCCAACCCUACAGAAUCUCCCAGUGAUGGCAAAUUCGAUGACCGCACAAACUGUUGUUACCACCUGUAGUAGUGUGACUGGACCUGUUUUGAACACACUUGAUUCCCAGAGGAUUUUAUCAGUUAAUCCAAAGGGACCUAAUUACUGACAUUUUGCUGUCUUAAAUUAAACAAAUGGACAUUUGUUAAAGGUUGUUGAAAGUAGUGGGAUAGCAUAGGUUCCCUUGUUUUUCCUUUUUGGUCCCGGAAUUUUAAGGUUUAGGUCUUUCCAUUAAGCACUUUUCUAUACUGUUUUUACAGCAGCAAUGGUAGGUAAACAUGCUGUCAGGAUUUGAUUCAGAUUUUAAUUAUCUGUUGUGUACAUUGUAAACCAUUUCUUGAGAAUUUCCUACACCAUUAGAAAAAAAAUGCAAAAAUGGAAAAAAAAAAAUUCAGAAAAAGUAUGUGAAUAUUUUGUAGCAUUUUGCCAUUGACAAAAUCAUUAAAUGAUUUUUUUUUUUAUCUUCAUGCACACUUAGCGUAUGUUUACCAGUUUAGUUCAGGUCACUCUCACCUCUUGCCUAUGGUAGUGAGUUUGAGCAUAGUGAAUUUGAUCUUUGAACAGUUAUUUUUUCUUGAGUUUGCACACAGACUUUAAAACUUUAGCACCUAUUAUAGUACUGCCAUCUGAUGGUAUCCUUUGACUGUCUAGUUUACAUGUUGGGAAUUAGAAUUAUUUAUUAAAUUGCCUUCUUUGGACCUUUCACAAUGUUGUAGUAGUUAUUUUGGACCACUCAUAUUGGAUAAGAAGGAAAUAAAUGCAGUGCUUUGUUCUUUACCAGACAA